UGCACAGAGCAGCUGACAGUCGGUGAGCAGAGCAUCGGGAGCAGAGCAUCGCGGCCGCAGACAUGGGGCGACAGAAGGAGUUCGUGAACAAUGCCAACCGAAUGCUCAGGAUCAAGAACAUGCUGCUGAGACAGGCGCUCGCCGAAUGCCUGGGGACACUCAUACUCGUGAUGUUUGGCUGUGGAUCCGUGGCUCAGGUGGUUCUCAGUAAAGGUUCCCACGGACAGUUCUUGACCAUCAACCUGGCCUUUGGCUUCGCCGUAACGUUGGGUAUUCUGGUCGCGGGACAGGUGUCAGGAGGACACCUGAACCCGGCCGUCACCUUCGCCCUCUGCCUGAUGGCUCGAGAGCCGUGGAUCAAGUUUCCGAUCUACACCAUCGCGCAGACUCUGGGGGCUUUCCUCGGAGCCGGCAUUGUUUAUGGUUUAUAUUACGAUGCCAUCUGGUUUUUUGCGAAUGACCAGCUUUAUGUCACCGGCCCCAACGGCACCGCCGGGAUCUUCGCUACUUUUCCAACCGAGCAUUUGACCCUCAUGAACGGGUUCUUCGACCAGUUCAUCGGUACGGCAGCUUUGGUGGUCUGCAUCCUGGCUAUUGUGGACCCGUACAACAACCCCAUCCCUCGAGGUCUGGAGGCCUUCACGGUUGGCUUUGUAGUCCUUGUCAUUGGGCUCUCCAUGGGCUUCAACUCUGGAUAUGCCGUAAACCCCGCCAGGGACUUUGGACCCCGUCUUUUCACGUCUCUCGCCGGUUGGGGCACGGAAGUCUUCUGGGCCGGAGGACAAUGGUGGUGGGUACCCAUCGUCUCUCCUUUACUUGGGGCAGUCGCCGGCGUUCUGGUCUACCAGCUGAUGAUCGGCUGUCACAUCGAGCCUGCGCCCGAGUCCACCGAUCAAGAGAACGUUAAACUGGCAGAUGUCAAACACAAGGAGAGGAUCUAGAAUGCUCGCAUCUCUAAACGGACUGGCGAUUCUCACGGGGGGGGGCUCCAACGAUUGAGGGGGUCCAGGAGCUUUUUAUUUUUUACACUCGAUGACCCUUGGUGGCUUUUUGGAUGUGCAGUUACACCUUUCCAUACUCUGUACAUAAUCACCCAGGGACUGCAGCAGUGAAUGUCCACCGGCACAAACACGAGCUUGGCUUACAUUCUCUUUUUUUUUAACCUUUUCUUUGUCUAAUGCAUGAAAAUAAUUUGAUGUAUCUCAGGACGCCUUUAAAAAAAUGAUAUUGUGUUCAGAAGAAGAUGAACGACAUUUACGGAGCGGCGUAAAACUCCCAAGGGCUGGAGAUAGAGCGCUAUAUGGUUGAGAUCAGUAAUAGGGGUUCCUUUGCUUGCUCUCGCUGAUGAUUAAAUUGUCUUCUAAUGGGUGGGAAUGGUGAAGGAGCCUUUUGGGUUGAUCUGGAUGUAGGCUGUAGAAGGGGGGGAAGAUGAUGGGAAUAAGGACGGAGUGGAGGGAGAAUGAGCGAGUGGAGCCAUGACCUUUCUAGGGGAUUAUGGCUUUUGCUUGAAGGGUUACGGCUUCUCCAUGAAACCCUACAAGAUGAAACCCUACUAGAAGGUCUAUUUCAGGUAGACAGCAUCUGCCUGAAGAACCAUCUACUCCGCAAUAAGACAGCCACGAGUCC